CUCAAGCCAGCUUUGGAUUUCUCAGCUAGAGCUGAAGAAGUAGAGAAAUCAAAACUUUUGCGCCUCAUCUGACGUCGUUCCGUGAGAGCAUAACCCGCGGUGUUUGCCAAGGGCGCUGAUGACAGCUGACAAACGCCGAACUCCUGGCAGCCUGUGCCUGUGAUUGGUUGCAUCGUCCGUUGCUCGUGUCCUCUUCCAACAUGACUGGCAUACUCAAAAACUGCUGUCCAUUGCCACGGUAGUGGCUCCGUGACUCCAGGCAUCAUCACUGAACAAGUUGUAUUGCUUGAAUCAUGGUCAGCCAGGAAGAAGCCAGACCACCAUUCCCGCCCUUCACCGAAGACACCGCGAGGACUAAGGUGAAGGCGGCCCAGGAUGGAUGGAACUCCAAAAACCCCGCAAAAGUGAAGAUGGCUUACACCGUCGACUCCAUCUGGCGCAACAGAGACGCCUUUCUCAAAGGUCGAGAUGAGAUUGAGCAAUGGCUCACCAAGAAAUGGGAGAGGGAGAAUGGCUACCGGCUGCGCAAGGAGUUGUUCGCUUUCACCGAAAACAAGAUUGCCGUCCAAUUUUGGUACGAAUGGUAUGAUGAGUCGGGACAGUGGUGGCGGACGUAUGGUCUCGAGGAUUGGACCUUUGCUGAGAAUGGGCUUAUGCGCAAGAGGCAGAUGAGCGGGAACGAUGUCAAAAUUGAAGACGCGCAGAGGUGGUUCCGGGAUGGCGUUGACGUGAACACCGUUGACAUUUCUGAGAGGCACUGGUAGAUGGUAUCCCCUGAGCCAAGACAUUGUCCGAACUGGAAAAAUUCGAAUCCUUCCCGUAGACUAGUAGCCCAUGACUGACUUCCAAUGGCUCGUGCUGUGGCUCAUGUUCCUGGCGGCAGGCUUUUUGUCUCGAAGUAAUAAGUCCAGAAUUUUAACGGCUGACACUUGUGCGUCUAUUGGAUAGAUCUAUCCAGUGUUGAAAUCAGUGUCGCAAUUAUGCUGUGAUGUCUCGAGGUUUGUGGAAAUGUUAUCAAUCAGAUGAGGAGCGCGACAGUCACAAGUCUUGUCAAGACAUUCCAUA